UGUGACACAAGGGUAUAACUUGAAGAGUGAACGCGAUGAAGAGGACAAAAGGACUCAAAAUUUUCGGAUUCGAUUAAAGACAUUUUUGAACGUGAAAAGUUUAUAUAGAACUAAACUGGGUCUAAAAACAACUUGCUAGCUACUGUUAUAAAGUCAAACAUGUCCGCCCUUGUGUCACGCACGGUAACGAAGUUAUUCUCCAGACAAUGUACGCCAUGCCCGUUGACAGGAUUUGAUGCUCACCUCAGACACAGUCACUGGUUUCCAUCAGUGCUGGCAGUGAAGACAUCACCCCCCGUAAGAGCUGAGCCCAAAAAGAAGAAGAAAGUUGACCCGAAGCGAGAGCAGAUAGCAAGGGAGCGUCUGAAGAAGAAACUCAGGAAACUGGAGAAAGUCCCACCAGAACUCAUACCUAUCGAAGAUUUCAUCACCCCUGUGAAAUACCUUGAUGAGAUCAGGAUGCGCACCCCUGCACAGCUACCAUUUGAGGAAAGUGAGCGCAGGGCCCUGCUGCUGAAGGAAUGGUCACGGUACAAGCAGUCUCAACACAAGGCAGAGAUGGAGGCCAUCAGUGAGGCUCUGGAGGCUCAGAGGGAGGCUCUGGAAGAGCUGAGGCUGGAGUCAGAGGAGUUGUAUCAGGCUGCUCUCAAGCGUGACCCAGAACUCUUGCCCUUCCACCACCAUGGGCCUAGCUACACUCCUCCAAUAGUCAACUAUCAGGCACCAGAUGGAAAAUACAAUGAUGUCACCAAAGUCUACACCCAGUAGUAGCUGAAACGGAACAAGAAAGCUGAUGCUGUCAUGAGCCAGUUGAAAAUUCCAUUAUAUUUCUUUGGCCAAGAUGUGUUCAAGCCAUUUUGUGUACCCUUGAAUUGUCAUUGCAUCUAAAGAUGCUGGUAUUUGUAAAAAUUGCUACACAAUGGUGCAAGGCUCUGGUUGCAAAUUCAUCUUUGUUAAGGGUUUAAUAUAGAAAGCAGGUUUAACUGUUUAUGGGAUUCAGAACAACUGUUCAAGACUUUUCAAUAUGUUGUCUUUACUGUCCACAUGUGAAAGUCUGUUUAUCUGUUCUGUUCACAUCAAAUAAUGAAUUGUGAUGGUCUGUCCCAGAAAAGCAGGCAUAAGAAUUAAAGUUUUUUAUUGUUUCUCUUGA